UCACGUUUCCAAUCAGGCUGACAUAUGUAGAGGCUAUGGAUUUCUCACCGCGGAGAGUUUUUAGGCCGAAGGCCGAGGGCAGAAAGUCCGAGAUCAGCCAAAGUGAGUCACCUCGGCCGGGAGUUAGUCUUAUUCCGAGGAAGCGACGUCCUGGAGUUAACUCAAAGCCUUCAAUUGCGUGCAGAAACGCAUAUAGAGUGGACGCAUGCCGAUCGUUGAUGUAUUUAUUGUUCUCCCGCGGGAGGGUCGGCAGGUCACGUUGAAGAAGCGACAUUGUCGGCUCGGCGUACCCGCCGUGACGGCCCGGAAGGGAACAGGGCAGCAGCACAAAUACAGUACAGAACAGGGCCUACAGGGCCUACAUGCCUGCGUGGGGGAAAUGCCCCGUCGCGGGCACUGCCUCCGCCACAGAAGCACCUGGACCCUGAGGCAGCACCAUCAGGCACCCCGGAAGCGCCCUGAGGCACCCAGAUGCUCAGAGGCGCACCAACAAACCACCACGACCGCGAAGAAACACCCACUCCUCCAUCAACCUGCUCAAUGGAACCCCAAACAUUCGAGUCUUGCAGCCCUGACAUGGGUACAGACUACCCCCGACCAGGGCCGUGGGCUUCUGGACCUCAAAAUGCCUUGUCGUUGGACGGCUGCCGACGAGUCGCAAGACUCUCUGGCCACUGAUCACCACCGCUACCACGAGCUUGUGUCGAUAGCUCGUCGAAUCCUGGCGGUGACGCUGCCAUUAGUCACAGUCUCGACUCAAGAAGUGGCCAUGGACUACGCCGCGGCUCCGAAGGAACGAACGAUGUUGCGCAUGAAUGACCAUGGCCUCCCCCCAAGUCGCCCCUUGCCACGGGUUCUCAGCUCGGUGUUCGCGAGGGGCUAGGGACAAGACAUGGGAGACUAUGGCCGCAUCACAACCAUGUCGGCAUAUUUUCAACUGGCGGCCUGGUUUGAGUUCAAGCCCCCGAUUGUUCCAUCGUUCGCACACCAGUCGCAGAUCAUCAUCGCCCAGCCAAUGCAGCUGCUUUGACGCACCACGGAACGUGAGGCAAAGGAGUCGGGUCCAUCACGAUCCAUGAACCAUCCGCGAGACAGCAUCGUUUCGAAACGCUGCACAGCAUAAAACACAAACGGA